AUGCCGAUAGGGCAACCAUCGGUUGGACCUGCCGCCGACGCUGCUGCCAUACACAGUGGCGGGUUGCGGAGCCGAAUGUGCCCGAUCAUGGCCUCGUUUUACGACCUUCCGCCAGAACUCGUCGAAUCAGUCGCCUCGUUCCUGUGGCUGAGCGAGGAUCUCUGCUCGCUGCGCCUUACAUGUCGAUAUUUCUACCUCAGCACACUGCGGUACUUUAGAAAAUCUCAAUUUGAGACCGUCAGUGUCGACCUCUACCUGAGUUCCCUCCACCGGCUCGAGGGGCUGUGCACAAGACCAGACCUCGUGCGAAAUAUCCAGCGUCUCGUUAUUUGGACAAAAUGGACGGCGGAGAGAGCGGUUGAAACAAAACAAUUCUGGCAGCGGUACCCGUCUGGACGACUAAUCAUGUCCCAGGCCAUUAUACGCCGAUGGCGCGCGGUGAUUGAGCGCCUUGUCUGCUGUAGGUCGUUUUGCAUUUACCAUCGAACCGACCCCCCGGGUAGCUACUGGGAUCCCGACCUUACGACUGACGACGAGUAUGAGCCUGUCUGGCGGGUAUCGUUGUCAGUGAGCGAUAUUGUGGCAAUCAUGCUGAAUAUUUUCAGUGCAAGUCAAAUCCCAGUGCUCAGUUUUGCUCUGGGAUGUGGCAGGUAUUUCAGCAAAAACCCAGGCCAUCAAAUUGAUACCACGCGCCUCGACCCGGUCCUACUCCGGACGGCCAAUUUCAAGUAUGCCUGGUCCAACCUGACUGCUCUAGUUCUUGAGUCUGAAAUUACGGGGAGUUCGACUGUGCAAUUUGCUACAUCUCUCGUGCAAGCCGCGACUAGGCUUCGACGAUUGACAAUCAACUUUGACCACGGGCAUGACGCCUUGGCUUUAAUGGAGCAACUGUCGUGCACGGAUUUCGAAUUUCAACUAGAGGAAAUUCAUUUUGAGGCGGGAUGGCUGGGAUCUGGCGAAUAUCUCGAGCGAUUCUUGUUGAAGCAUGACCGUACGCUCUGGACUCUCUCGCUGGUCUUGAUCGGCUUGAGACAGGAGGCCUGGGUUCCCAUGCUCAAAAGUCUCACAGAUUUAAGAGCACUGAGGGCGUUCAGGCUUGUCUGCCCAACGGCUAGUGAAGCCGACAAAAAGAGCUGCGUCAAGUUUCCCAAUGUUGAGAAAAAUUGCAUUGUUGAUGAAGCAUCGGGAACACAAUUUAAAUACAGGAGAUUUUGGUUCCACGAGUCGCAUAUGACAAUGGUCAGUUACCGUGGGUCGAAGAUGAAGGUUGCACUUCAGACAUUGGUCGACGGCAUCGAGUUCGCUCCUAAGAGGGACCUGUCUUCGACGGAGUCGUUCAAGUCGAUUGAUCAACGGCGGAUGAGCGUCAGCUCCAUGGGUGUGUGGGAUUAG